AUGGCGGACGCCUGGAAGCGGCUAGAAGGUGGACACCAGACCCCGCGCCUGCCGGCAGCCCGGGGUGCCCAGGACGGCCUGGCCCGCUGCGCCCUGGGGCUGUCGGUGGGCGCGGAGAAAGAAGCAGACAUGCCGGAUGAAGUCAACAUUGAUGAAUUGUUGGAAUUGGAAAGCGAGGAGGAGAGACGCCAGAAAAUCCAGAGACUUCUCCAGUCAUGUAUGAACCCCACAGAGGAUUUCAUCCAGGAGCUACUGACCAAGCUCCAGGGCCUCCACAAACAGCCAGGCCUCCGCCAGCCCAGCCCCUCGGACGAAGGCAGCCUGAGUCCCCGCCAGGACCGGGCCAGGACAGCCCCUCCGUGACCCCAUCUUGAUUCUGUGACCCUUCCACUUGGCCUCCCUCCCUAACACGCCCGGCUUGUUUAUAA